AUGGACGUUCAUGGAUCCGGAGACACGAGUCCGUUCCAGACUCGCAGGACGAGGUCCUGGUCUCCGGCCUUGUCUAGGUCUAGCUCAGAGGUGGACGAUGAUGAGGAGGCCAAGGUCCUCUUCGAUGCCUGUCGCUUUCCGAGGGCGGGCGACUUGCUGGACUGGGUCGUCGGCGAAGAGCCGUGGCAGCGCGCAGAGACCUGCGAUGGGUCUGCAGUACGCGUCGUUGGAGAGACAAGCGCUCUGAAGCGCCUCUUCGAGCUGCCUCUGAAGGAGGCCGGCGAGGCCCUGGCUUUGCACAGAAUUGGGAACUGCCUGGUCGUCCUUGAUGCUGGCAAGCCAAUCUCAGACGACGAGGAGUGGCAGCCAUCUGCAAGCUUCGACGACAUAUCGUCGCCAAGGUACUCCCCGCGGCAGGUGGCCGCCUCUCGCUGCCAGGUUCGUGUCGACGGGGACAUGGUGCGAGUGUUCCCCACCAUCCAAACAGCCGAGCCGGUCAACGUCGACAGCCCAUCAGCUCCGGCAACGCCAUGCUGUGAGUGGCAUGUCCGCGAGGGCCUCUCGUUGGUUGCCGUCACCUCCAUGAGUUCUGGCAGUAGCCUGGACUCAAGGAGCUCUCAAUUUUUGCUUCUUGACCGACAGUCGAGUGUCAAAGGUUUCAGCAUUGAGCGUUUGGAGUUUGCAGGAAACCUCAUCGUGCCGCAGCCCGACGGACCAUCACUUCCGAGGUACCACCGGCGGGUGACGGAGGACCGUACAGUGGUGCUGGUGGUGCCGCUGAACUCACCUCUUGAGACGCGAACGCUUAUAGACUCUUGGUUGUCGUGUUGCUUGCAUGGUUCACCAUCACUGCUGUGCUUCUUUGUGGAUACAGAUGGUAUCUGCCGUGGAUGCAGAUUCGUGCUUGCAGCAGAUAUUCCGCACCUGGAGGAAAUUGCGAAGGCUUACAGAGUCGACGAGCAGAGAUGUCUGGUCGACGAAGAUGCGUCCUCCAGUGCUUUCGAUCCGACAGUCCUGCGAGAAGCCAGCCACUCUCUCCUGGAGGCUCUGGUCCAUCGAUGUGACCGUGACGGAGGCCAUUUCUUGCUGGUGCCAGGGCCACUAGGGCCAAGACUCUUCAGGGCCGGGCCAGAGCCAUCCGAUGACGAAUGUGAGGACGAGGUCAUGAGCAGAGUCCCGGGCUUGCUCACUCUGCCAAGCUCAGAGUGUCUGGAGCCACCGGCCGCCCUGGCUGCCCUGGCUGCCCUGGCUCAAAGCGCUCCGUUGCAGCAGAAGGCUGCAGAGGAUGCGAAAACCGACUUAUCUCCAAGUUCUCAUCGUUUACGAGCAGUGCUGGUCACGAAGGCGUUGCUCAGCUACCAUGCAGCAGUGAGGCUUGCGCAGUCGCCAAUGACGGCAGAUACUGCUCGACUGCGGACGGAGCUGAAGCAUGUUCCGUCCGGCGCCAGGUGGACAGCAAAAAGCUGUUGCCAUCCUAUUCGUGUUCGCCAAAUGAUGUUGCGAUCGGUCCGGGCUUUGAGAUCCGCGACGCUGUGUGCAGAGGAUGGCUCUGCACCGCCGCCGCUGCCAUGCAGGUUUCAGCUGCUCUUGGCUUCGGCCUUCGAGUUUCUCGCAGACACCUUCCUGGCAGAGGAUGAGCACGGCGAUGUGGAUCUGGAUCUGUCCAGAACCCUGAGCGCAUUGCGACACCUGCAGAGAAGCCGGCAACAUGUGGCAGAGUACUGCGGCAGCGUGCUCCCGAGCAAUCUGGAAAGCAGAUUCGGCCGCAGUGUGCGGCAGUUGGAGGAGAGGAUCCACGCCAAGGCCAUCAAUGCACAUCUCUGCUUGGCAAGGCUGCGCCAGAGGCAUGCUGGGAUCUGCGAUGAAAGAGCUGGAUGCAGCGGAGGAUCUUGUGGUAAAGCCACGCGCCGGACAGUCGCAGCGUGCAGGGCCUUACGAAUCCUCGCUGCUGGGUUCCAUCUGCAAGUGGAAGGCGGAUCUUCUGCAUGA